AUGUAUCAUGAUGGCAAGGGUCCAAAUGUUAAAGAGAUUCAAAGAGUUAUGUAUAGUUCUUUUCAUUGUAGUCCAAGCUAUUGGAAAUGUUGGAAGGGUGGUGUGGUUACUAAGAAAAUGGUUCAAGGGACAGCAGAGAAUAGAUAUUCAUGCUUACCGACUUUUUCUUACAUGUUCGAGACACUUAAUGUUGGUUCAAGUUAUUGUCUUAUUGUAAAUGAGGAUACUUAUAGGUUUAUAUAUUAUUUCUUGGCCAUUAGUGUUUGCAUUAAGGGAUUUGCCCACAUGAGAAAGGUAAUUGCAGUUGAUGACACUCAUUUACAUGGUAAAUACGAGGGCGUGUUGUUGAGCUUUGUGGCACAAGAUACGGAGAAUUAUGUUUAUUCAAUUGCCUUUUGUGUCGUCGACAAUGAAAAUGAUGCAUCUUGGACAUUUUUCUUUGAGAAAUUGAAGGAGAUUGUGGUUGAUGAACCAGAUUUGUGUUUAUCUCAGAUAGACACAAGAGUAUCGCCAACGGCUUAUUCUUUGGAGGAGUUUGACGAUCAUUUUGUAGAAUUCAAGAACAAAUGUCCCGCGGCAGCCAUCGUCCUUGAGCAUGAUAUUUGUUUUGAGAAGUGGAGUAGGGCAUAUUUUCUUGGCAAUAGAUAUGACAUGAUGACCACGAAUAUUGCCGAGUCACUCAAUGCUAUGUUGAUAAAUGAAAGAGAGUAUCCCGUGACAUCUAUAUUUAAUUCAAUUGCUAAGAGGUUUGGAGAAUUGUUUAAGGAGAGGAAUGCAUAUAUCCUCAAAUCUAUGGGUAAUCAAAUGUCGUCGGCUGCGGAGAAAAUCGCAAGAAAAAAAUGA